CAUCCUGAAGGUGGCGGUAAUGAUGUUUCAAAGCGGAUGUGCGUCAGCUAAACAGUGGCAAAGAAAACAGAUGGCGUAGAAGACGAUGAACACACGGUGGACACAGUAAAUAAUGUGAUUGAAAUGUCAUACAUUUCGAAACGAAGCCAAAAUACCUCAAGAAUUUUCUUUGCAGUUCAAGCACUGUUAUAGGAUAGUUGUUCAAUCCACGAAUAAGAAACGGAAGAACUGGCAAGAAAAGCCUGCAAAACUAUAAAUGUCGGUUAAAAGUAUUCGACAAAAAAGGUAAACAGACUCUUGCCUUUUUUCUUCCUGUUUGUAUUGAUUUUUCAUUAAUCAUCAGCCAAACGUUUACGAGCUUGAAGGAGAUACAUGCACGUAUCUGCGCUUCUUCUGUCAGUGCAGAUCGUGACAUGAAAGCCCAUCUCUACUAACUUUUGCCACAAUGAACGUAAGGGAAGACAAGUACUAUCCAAGAAGUACAAUGAACGAUGCUCGAUAUUACAACAUCAAUUAUGGUGCAGGAGACUACACCAGCAGAGAGUGGACUGGUGGUGGGUGGGAAGAUAGGGACUCCAUUGAUACGAGUUACAGUACAGAUGCAUACAUGGUCCAGAAGGGCGGUCCAGAAAAUGAGAGUGAACCCUUGAAGGAUGGAGACCCACAGAAGGAUGGAAGUACUUCCCUCAUCAUGGACCCUGACAUGGACGUAGAUGGACAGCCUGUGGAACUCAACGAUGACGACCAGGAGCUUGCUAGGAAGAAGAAAGAGCUGCAGUUGAUUGAGGAGCAGAUCAUCCUCAAAAAGGCUUCCAUUGCGAUGAAACAAGUGGCACCUAUUUUAAAGGCGAUGGAAGUUGAAGAGUCGAAUAAAAGAAAGUUUGCUGAAGAAGUGAAAGAUGACCUCACGCAGCAGAAGAAAAUUCAAACUCAAAGCAGCAGCAAACUCAAAACCCAGUAUGUUAAAGAUGUACCUUUUAGAGACAGGGUGAAUGGAAUUUUACAAAACCGCAAGAAGACCAGAGAAAGUCCUGCAAAGGCAUCUGCCCAGCCAACUAAAGGGUCUCCUCAGCAGACCAAAGCGCUCUUCCAGCCACCCACAAUGGCAAAAAGCUUUGUGGAAAGGAUGAAUGCUUCUAUCUUGAAAAAGGACGGGUACCUGAAUAAGAGCCCUCCAAAGCAGAAAGAGGAAGAGCAUCCGUUGAAACACAGAGUGAAGGAUCUGAUGGAGCGGAGGUGUCAUCCUGAUUUUGCACCGCCGUCAAAUCAAAAGGUUCUCGAAGUUGAGUGUGACCGUCCCAUCCAGAACCCUGUUGACCCAGACCCAGAGCAGGACCCCGCCUCCAAGGGCUUCCAGCGCUUCCUCAACAUUCUCAACAGGGGCGUGGACAUCGACAGGCUGGCCAAGAUCGUCAACGACAUUCCGUGUGAAGAUGGGGAGCUCGGACAUCUCCAACCUGAAGGGAGUGGCCAAGGGUCCCACGAUGGAGCUCCACCACGGCAAGGGUCCCACGGCGGAGCUCCACCACGGCAAGGGUCCCACGGCGGAGCUCCACCACGGCAAGGGUCCCACGGUGGAGCUCCACCACGGCAAGGGUCCCAUGGCGGAGCUCCACCACGGCAGGGGUCCCACAGCAGAGCUCCACCACGGCAAGGGUCCCACAGCGGAGCUCCACCACAGGACCACAGUUGCUCCACAAGUGGAGAGAGGACGGUCGGAACAGCAGCGGACAAUCACAUACUCUCUCUCUUGAGAGAAAAGUCGCCCCCGAGGAACGAAACAACGGGCCGCAGGUCAGAGUCUCUCCCGGCGGAGGUGAAAAAGGACGUGAACCCCGAGGACCAGCACAAGUACGGGCAGAUGCACGAUCUCCUGCAGACUAUCGGGCUGGACCUGGGGGCGGCUGAGGUGGGGCAGCUGUCGGACCGCAUCCAGGAGAGACUGUACGGCAAGAACGGGCACACGGAGACCAAGAGAGGGAGGACAGAGGACGAAAGAAAGAGGAAGCAGAGGGACAAACAGAGGGAGAGGGAGCAUUCGCAGAAACAGCACCAUAGCUCUUUAUCGUCAGACAGUACCAGUCCCAGCCCUCUACCGAACCGGCGUUCUCCGAGGAAGGCAUCUCGGGACAGUGGCGAGGUCCACCCCGCUGUUAGAGACAGUGACUCCCGUGACAAAGAUCAGGACAGUUGUUUAGAGAAUUCUAUGGGACAAUCCAUCCCGACUCUGACACGCGCCUUUCCUAGCCGACCCAUGCCCUACCCUGCUCCUGUAGACGUGACCUCAACUUACACCCCGCCUCAGCAACCUCAAUACAUGGCACAGCAUUUAAGCCUCCACCCCAUCCCCCCUGCAUGGGGGUACACACCUAGUCCCGAUGUAUAUUUGCCUUCCACCUCACCGUAUCCUCAGCAUCAUCCUAAUCCGCCAUAUUACUUUGACGGCUCUCCUGCGGCCUUUAGCCACACACAGGUAUGCUACCCACCGCCUGGCUACCUUCCACCUCCAGACGCAAGCUUCCAAGGGCCAAGCCAGGCCCACUGGAAUGAAACUAGCCAACCGCACGGGUGGUGACGACCCCGCCGUCUGCAGACCACUCCCGCUGCAUCGAAGAAGACGAAAAAAGAGGAACAAUACCUCGGAAUGUUUUGCUAGGCGGGAACAAAUGUGACAGUGAAACACUAACAGGAAAGAGGAGCUUCGGACUGUCACUAACAUAAGAAGCGAUAAAUAUGUCUUGCUAAUAGGUGAGGAUGAACUGCCAGCAAUGAGGAAUUGUUGCUCCCCAGGCCCCUGUGAAGGGAUCUGAGUCUCUGAAACAAAACAAAAACGAGCCAAUUAAAGAGCCGCUGAAGGGAAUUGUCUGAAUUAUCUGUCGAGAGUGACUAGGCCAUUAGUCAAAUGACAUUAUGGUGACAAAUGUUCCUAUUUGACAGAAUAAGGUGUUCAAAUGGGAGUUGAAUGUCAACAAAUGUGAAUGUCAUAUAAAAUUGGCGUUACCUCAAAUCCCACUGUAUUUUGUUAUGAGUAUUUAAAAUGUUUGUUCUAAAAAAGUGAAUAUAUUGCCUGAAGCAAAUUUAUACACAUUUUGUAGAUGUUCCAAUGUGGUUCAAAUAAAAGGUUCUGACACAUUG